GAUGGCACAGCCGCAAUCCACUAGUUAGCUGAUGCGGAAUAACCUCGCCAUGGCUGCUUUAACAUACUCUGGGACCCAAGGAAACAUCACUUUCUAGUAUAGCGUUCAAGAGGACAUGGAAGGGCUUCGUGCAGUAUCUUACCCAAUCGUUGACGAAGCUGCACUGUCCUCUACUACCAUACACCCAAGCCCAGAAAAGAAACAGAGCCCUUCGCCUCCAUUUUCGACCGGCGCGAGCAUUUGUAUGCCAUCUGCACAUAUACAUCCAGCAGGAGUCAACUUUCAGUACAAGUUAAUCAAGCCACAUGAAGACCUUUACGCCUAUUUGGAAGUUGACCUUACGACGCCGAAGCUUAACCGGAUUCACCGAUUCUUAUGGUUAGCUGGCUUACCUCGGCCAGCUCGGCCACUACAUCGACAAAAACUGAUGAACCGCUCGAUUACCUUGACUGAAUCGCCUGAUGAACAUUUGGUUUGGCACCAGGGUCAGAUUUUUAUCAAACCCAUCCCUGAGUAUCUUCUUGAUCAUGGGUUCUGGAUGAAAGAGCUCUGCCCCCACCUAAAUCUACACAGCUCCGCGUGCGGACUGCUUUUGUCUUAUGCCUGGCUUAUCAGCUCAAAGUCCGACUUCCAAAUUGCUAAAGAUGAACGAAUUCUCAGUCCUGAAGUGACCUGGACUGCAUGGGUAUCAUUUGUUCGAGACUUCUUAGAAUGGACUGGUGACACUGGACUUGGUCCGUACCCUAUUACAUGUGUUAAUGAACGCUACCAGUAUGGAGAACUACGCCUCACGCGGCUUAAUUCUCUGUACAAAUUCACACCAUCGACAUUCUCAGUACGCAAUUUUAUUUUUGGCUUUAUGUCAAGCUCAACAUGGUAUCGUGCCUUUUUUGAACGAAAUUUCUCGUGGAUCUUCGCUGCUCUGGUUUACGUAUCAGUUCUGUUGUCGGCAAUGCAGGUUGGCUUGGCAACCAGUGAGCUGACGGAGAAUUACAACUUCCAAAGAUUUUGCUAUGGAUUUGCGUUGGCUUCUAUCAUAUCUACGCUUAUUCUUGUAGGGAUGAUUGCCGUGUUUUGGGCGUCUUUGUUCUGCUACCAUCUUUGUCUGACAAUCGUAUACCACAGACGGGUUCAGAGGGAGAGAGAAGGUUAGCGCAACUACGGCGUGUAUGCGGUCUACAAUGUAAUUAUUUACAACGAUUUCUUGAGCAGAAAAUACCCAGGCUGAGAUUAUCAGCAUCGUGUUUUAAGGCAAUCCAG